AUGGCAUUUAGUGGAAAGCCUGUGACUCCUGAUGUGGUGGUUGAUGAGACUUGGAUUUCAAGUUUGCAAGAAAUUGAAGGAUAUGUGAUUGAUACUCUCUUACAACCAACUCUAAAUGAAACUGUGGAGAUGAUUCUCAACUUUGUAAAUGAUAUUUUUCCACAACUAUCUUGGAUUAUAAGCAUGUUUCUCUUGGAAAUGAUUGCAAGAGCAAAAACAUACCCUGAUGCAUAUUAUAGGUCAAUUGAUGUUCGAGAUGUUGCUGUUACACAUGUUCAAGCCCUCGAGAUUCCUUCAGGUAGUGGCAGAUAUUGCUUAGUUGCAGAUGAUCUCCACUUCUCUGAGCUUUUAAAGAUUAUUCAUAAGCAUCACCCCACAUUGCAACUUACUGAAGAGUGA